CGGGCGAUCGCCCGCGCCUCCUCCUGCUCGAUCUCCUUCUCCAGCUUGAUGAGCCCCGGAGGAUCGAUGCCAAAUCUGUGCAGGUGUCCCAACAGCCGCUGCAGCUGGAGGAGUGGCCGCUGUUAGGGGACGGGUUACGGGCGGCUCACUCCCGUCUCGCCGAGCUGCUGUACGCCGCGGCAUCCACGCUGGAAGAAAUAAACCGCGCGGGGCUGGGGGUGCCGAUGCGGCAUGGCGAAGAACGCCGGUCAACAGCCGUUCCCGCCAGCACACAGCAGCCAGAAUUUGGAUUCGCCGCCAUGGCGGUGUCUACUACGGAGAUUGGAGGGCCGCAGCACCACGUGGACAGCGGGGGCCAAUCACCGGCCGUAACAUCAUCACCGAUGGACGUUCGCCGCCAGGACCAAUCGGCAGGCGCAACGUCAUCAACUGUGCGACCGCCGAUGGAGACCCCCAUCCCCUCCAGUGAUGACGAAAACGGCGGGAACAACGUGCAACGGCUGUUGGAAACGGAGCCAUCGUUCCAACAGCGCUUGCCUGUGUUGAAAGAAUGUGUCCGACGGGGGCGACUGGGGGGCCUUUGAACGUCGCUUCCUCGCUCAUCAAGAGAUGUCCAGGUGGAAGGACAAGGAGGCGCUGCUUGCCUUGCCGGCCACGUUGGACGAUGACGCUCUCCCCACCCUCAUCACGGCCCCCAAGUCGGCGCGCGCUACACUGCAGUCGGCGCUCCGAGUCCUCGCUACUGUCUACGGGCCGCCAUCGGACUGUCGCCAACUGUUCCACGAGCGGCGCAGGGGCCAGAAAGAGUUGCCGCUUGCGUAUCGCACGGCUCUCCUGGCCCUUGCAAAAGCGGCUUUCCCGCGCAUGGACUGCGAGGGGGUGGACGCGAUGGUUACAGAAAAACUUCUGGCGCUGGCUCAGGACCUGCAGAUCGUUGUCAUCGCAGCGGACGACGCGGACAUGUGUUCCUUGCGGGCAACAAGGAACAUACACGUACAUCUGUUGUCACAACGCCGACCACCUCUCGGCUCCAACGGUGCAGCUGCGGUGUGCGCUGGGACGUCAACCAUCCCCUCGUCCGAGGAGAUCUUCGCUGUGGGUCGCCCUGCAGAGUGGAGAUCCGGAAAGAGGCCGGCUCGAACGACAUCGAGCCACCAGGAGCAACCCAAGACGGCGGGUGCGACCGCCAGGACCCCGGCCGGACGGCGCUCCAGUCUACAAGCCUUCGCAUCAAACUCCGGCAAGUCGCGGCACCCCACAUGCUCGGCCUGUGCACACACCUGUCACUAUCUCACGUGCUUCGAUGUACGGAUCUCGUGGCACGGCCGCCGGUUCGUCGGGUUGCGGCGGGGUCGAGAAGACGCUCGGGCCGGGUCAGUGGUCUGAAUUGGCUCACCGAGUUGUUGCUGCGUCGGCGGGUU